AGUCUGUAGAUUAUUCCAAUCAAGUGCACAACGAAACAAAUCUGUUGCCAGUAUAAAGUUUGUGAUAUAUUUAAAGUAUGAGGUUUACAAACAUUCUACUGUGGCUUAGUCUUUCUAUAAUAGUUGAACAAGCUAAAGCAUCAUGUGGUAUGUUCAAGGAAUCCGUUUAUCAUUACCUAGGAGAAAAAAUUUUGUACCGUUAUAUCACCUGUACAAAUAUGACACCAAAAGACGACUUAAACAAUCAAAUAGUUUCAAUUCUAAAUUCCAGUUGUGAAAUUUUGCAAAUAUCUAAGAGCAGUUUACCGAUAAUAAAGAAGGAGAUGUUUGUCUCUUUAAAUUUAACCAGGAUGGUGAUCGAUGCCGGCGUUCAAAUAAUCCAAGAAAAAACUUUCGAACGUUCCAAUAUAUCUACAAUAAUUCUGGAUAAUAAUAGAAUUUUUAAAAUAGAAAAUCUCGCUUUUAAAUCAUUUUAUAUUGAUACAAUAAGCUUACAAAAUAAUUCAUUGAGUGAAAUUACGGAUCAAACAUUCGCCGAAUGUGUUAAUUUAAGAAUAUUGAAUCUUCAAAUGAAUACUAUAACCACCAUAGAUCCCAAUGCCUUUAAAGAUUUAGUAAUUUUAGAAAAUUUGAAUUUAGCUUAUAAUAUUAUAACUAAUAGAUACUUGGAUAUUUUUAAAACGAAUAAAAGAUUAAAAUAUCUGAAUAUUGGUGAUAAUACGUUAACAAGAUUAGACGGUAGUCACUUUCCAACAUCUCUGUUGGAAAUUAACGCCGUUAAUAACGAUAUAGUUAAUUUUAAUAUAUCAAAUUUACGUCAACUGCAGUCACUUAAUUUGAAUUCUAAUAAAAUAUUUAGGAUAAAUGAUUGUUUAAAUAAUCUACCUGCUUUAAAUUAUUUGCAUUUAAGUAAUAAUUUUCUCGGAAAAUCUAAGUCGGAAGACAUAAAAAGAUUUUCGGUAUUAACAAAUUUGACCCUAUUAGAACUCGAUAAUAAUUAUUUGGAGUAUUUUAAUUUUAGCGGAAUCGAAAAUCUCGAAAUAAUUUCUCUUUCCGAUAACUAUCUCACGAAACUUGAUUUUUCAGAACUUUCAAGAAAUUUAAAAUCCCUUAACUUGAGUCACAAUUUUUUAUCGAGUCUUAAAAAUAUAUCAGUCUUGUCGAAACUAUCAAAAUUAGAUGUUAGCUAUAAUGAUUUAUCACUUAUCGAAUACGAUUCAUUCAUGGGAUUAAAUAUGUUGAACGGUUUGUACUUAAGCCAUAAUUCAAUAGUUGAUUUACCUAUAGGUGGUUUUAGAGACCUCGUCGAACUACAAUAUUUCGAUCUAAGUUAUAAUAACUUAACUAACAUCAGUUCAGGUAGUUUAAGCGGACUGGUUAGCUUGAAGGAAUUAGAUUUAAGCCAUAAUAAACUAACUUAUCUAAACGAAGAUAUGUUUCAUUACAUGAAGAAUUUGAAAAUGUUGAAUAUAGCUUACAAUAAUCUAACCAAUGUUAAUAUUAAAGGUAUCUUAGCUCACGUGGUCUGGUUACGACAAAUAGAUCUUAGAGGUAAUAAAUGGGCUUGUAAAUUAUUGAUUAAUGUGAUUAAAGAUAGUAUAUUAUUACAAAUGAAAAGCGGCGAUUCUUUUAACGUUAGUAACGUUAACGGGAUACCUUGUGAUGAAAAUAUGGAGAUAAACGGAAAACCUGAGGACGGUUUUCCCAAAAUCGUUUCUAGUUUGAACAAUCUUGUCGAUAUUGCAUCUAAUAUAUCGAUUAAAAUAAGCGUUUUGAUCACUCUCGUAUGUCUGAUUGUUCUUUUGAUUGGUAUUAAGUCAAUUUUGAUAAAAUAUUCAUCUCAAAUCACUACUGCUAAACAAUUCAUUUAUCAAAAGUCUGAAAGCGAACCAGAAGUACAUCUCAUAUAAACAGCUGAUGAAUUGUUUCUUUUGUUUUGGCUUUUCACAAUUUCAAUAGUAUAUUAAUUACGAGUGUAUAAUGGAGCUUAUUAUUCACGAGACGAAGUUUACUAACCCGAACAUUAGUGAGUAAUAAUCAACUCAAAAAUGUAUGUCUUAAAAAUGGAGUGAGAGAGAUUUCGUGUCUGGUCUGAUUGAAUAUGAAACUUCUAUCAAAAGUUAAAAUCUCGUUUUCUAUUUCCUCCAGUAUCAAAAAUCUGUUUAUUAAUGAUUUUUUCACUUAUUUUGAUUACUUUUCUAUAUAAUUCUUCAAUAUUGGGUAAAAGCUAUUUCUUGGAGUACCAUUUCCAAUUUUAUUUUGAAAAUAUUGAUCCAAGCGAUGCGCUUCUUCAUUACCUUUCGUCUGGAGGUUUUUUGUCUAGCUAGCUUUCUCCAGGAUGUGCAAAAAAUGUGCAUUACGUGCAUUAGGAUGAAAAUCUGCUUGCCAUCAUACAUCGCAACUUCGAACAUGGAUUUCUAUUCAUUGAAGUCCCCUUGUUCUAUCCACUAAGUUCCCGGGAUUAUUAGAUGAUUCGCCCUUAAUUCUUGGAGGUUUUUACAUAAAGUGUUUCCUCAUUUUAUACAUCAACAGCUUUUUUAUACAUCUAUUGGAAAAGAUUCAGUCUUAAUUAAGUAGUCACCGCAAAUUUGAAGUGAUUAUGAUCUUGUUUGUGGGAAGAAUGCAUUAUUCUCGUAAAAACAGACAAUAAACGUUUUGUAGAGCAAACUGAUUGAUUUCGUGAGAUUUGUAGAGCACUUAUAGGAUAUAUAAAUAAAUUUUAGUUUCGUUAUGGCGUUUAAAAUAUGUAUUACACACCAUAUGAUAAAAAUUACAUAGAUAAGAGAUAUAUUUAUAAAGAUUUUAAGUCUAGUAUUCGGAAAGUUAUUGACAGAUUUAUGCAUGGAGUUAUGAUUGUUUUUUAGAUAAACCCUGUAUAUAAUUCACACUUUAAUUGAAAUUUUUUUAUAGUAUGUAUAAUUUCGAGUAUUACAUGUCAAGUUUAACAUUCAUUCAAGUAUUAAAUAAUAUUUAGGCGGCAAAUUUUACCAUCUUCUAUGUAUACAAAAAGACUGAUUAUUAUGUAAUUAUUUCAUUUUAUACUAAUAUUUAUGUAUUGUACGGAUGGUAUUAUUAAUUAUUUUUAUCAAAGUUACAUGAAAAUGUAAUUUAAUGAACUUAUGAUACACCAGUUAGUACAUAGAUAACUAUCUGACUUAAUAACUUUACCAUUGGAUUAUUUAAUUAUAAAAAUUGUUUUAAAUUAUUAUUACCUAUUGUAUUUACUUUUCAAUAAAAUAUUCUUCC